AAAAACAUUGAUCCACAGCGCCUCUGGUGGACAUCAUGAAAAAUAUACGUUAACGUGAAAGGACAGUGCAGUAACUAAUUUGACCACCAGGUGUCAGUGUACAGCCACGUGUGUCUUGUGACUCAGGAUGAGGGCUGGUCGUUUGAAAUACGUAGACAUCAUCAAGCCGCCCGUUGUCAGCCCGUCGGGUGGAGUUUGGCUACAGUCUACGAGACAAAGACAUCAAAUUGACCAGGAGACCCCUACUGUACAGACUGAAGGUUGGUUAACUGAGAAGUCUUCUAAACUACGUCCACGUUAAAAAUUGGCUACGAGAAUAGCCUAUCUGUGUGAAGCCGAGCUGCAGAGUCCCCGGAUCUGCUCCGCACCAGAGAACCACCUGCUGUGCUGUUGUUUUUCUUUUCAUUGUUUACGUCUUCUUCGCCAGCGAGAGGCUUUGCUCACAUAGCAUAGAGGACAUCUGCAGCGAGGACCCGCCAUCAACACCGCUUUUAAGACUCGACCUUAGUUUCCUCUGGAAUUGAAUUCAGCUGAGCUUCAGAAGCAAACUGAUGUUGGAAAUAAUGGAAUUCACUGCUAUUGCCCAAGAGGGCAGUUUCAAGAUGUUCAGUUGCACUUUUGAUGUUGAUUCUCUGUUCAGUGUGAGGAGAAGUUGCAUCCCCCAGUUAUCUUCAUGAAGACCUUUUUCUGACAAAAGAUAAGGGCCGCUUGGGGGGCCAGGAGGUGGAAAGCUGUACCUCUGCUGCCCUACUGCCCUCUGAUUUCAACUGUUUGAGUUUAUUGCCCUCCUGACUACAAGAUGGAGUUCUUCUUCAACCCUUUUGACAACUUGGUGUGUAUCCUGCUGGGCAUCUCUUUCACCGUUUGGUUCACCCUGCUGCUGGUCUUCAUUAUUGUACCUGCCAUUUUUGGGGUGUCCUUUGGCAUCCGACGUCUUUACAUGAAAACUUUGUUAAAGAUCUUUGAGUGGGCCACACUUAGGAUAGAGAGAGGAGCCAAAGAAAAGAAUCAUCCCUUGUACAAACCCUAUUCAAACGCUAUCAUUGCCAAGGAACCCACUUCUUUGGAGGAGGAGAUCAAGGAGAUCCGGCGGAGUGGCAGCAACAGAGACCUGGACUCAGCCCCUGAGUUUGAGAUGUCUGACAUCUUCUAUUUUGCCCGGCGAGGAGUGGAGAGCAUCAUGGAUGAUGAGGUGACCAAGCGGUUCACUGCUGAGGAGCUGGAGUCCUGGAAUCUGCUGACCCGCAGCAACAACAACUUCCACUACAUCAGCCUAAGGCUGACCGUCCUAUGGGGGCUGGGCCUGCUGAUCCGCUAUGGCUUCCUGCUGCCUCUCAGGGUAACACUUGCCUUCACUGGUGUGGGCCUGCUCGUGUUCCUCACCUGUGUAGUUGGGCUACUGCCGAACGGAAGGAUGAAAAACUUUCUGAGUGAGAAAGUCCAUUUGAUGUGCUACAGAAUAUGUGUCAGAGCUCUGACUGCCAUUAUAACCUACCACGACAGUGAAAAUAAACCCAAGAAUGGAGGAAUAUGUGUCGCCAACCACACCUCGCCCAUUGAUGUCAUCAUCUUGGCCAGUGACGGCUGCUAUGCGAUGGUCGGCCAAAUUCACGGUGGCUUGAUGGGGGUCAUUCAGAGAUCCAUGGUCAAGGCCUGUCCACACAUUUGGUUUGAACGCUCAGAAGUCAAAGACAGACACCUAGUGGCCAAGCGAUUGAGUGACCAUGUGCAAGAUAAAUCUAAACUGCCCAUUCUGAUUUUCCCAGAAGGUACCUGCAUUAACAACACAUCAGUUAUGAUGUUCAAGAAGGGCAGUUUUGAGAUUGGUGCCACAGUCUACCCUGUGGCCAUUAAGUAUGACCCCCGUUUCGGAGAUGCCUUCUGGAACAGCAGCAAGUUUGGGAUGGUCAACUACCUGCUGCGAAUGAUGAGCAGCUGGGCCAUCGUGUGCAGCGUGUGGUACCUUCCUCCCAUGUCUAGAGAGGAGGGUGAGGAUGCUGUGCAGUUUGCCAAUCGUGUGAAGGCAGCCAUAGCCAGGCAAGGCGGACUGGUCGACCUCCUGUGGGACGGAGGAUUGAAGCGAGCAAAGGUAAAAGAUACCUUCAAAGAAGAGCAGCAGAAGCUGUACAGUAAAAUGCUGGUGGGCACCCAAGAGGACCGCAGUCGCUCCUGAAGGACCUCUGUGGAGGUGGACUGGCUCAGAAACUCACUCGGGCACCUCGGACUAAAUAGGCAGUCAGCAACGCUGUCUCGUUCUCUGUUGGAGCUCCGGACUGGAAAAUCCCUUCUCUGAUGUCAACAGCACUCCAUUUGGCUUUCUCGGUCACUGCCUCAGCUUGGCAUGUUCAGUUUGCGUUGCUGUUACGGGCCGUUCUGGGUCUGUCGUCCUUUGUUGGAAUCGCUCGCAUGGAACUUUGCUUGUAUUGAGAGCAAAGUGCACACAGUACAGGAGCAUUGUCUUCCUUGGUGGCAGUCUUGUGAGGGAAAACUUGUAUUAUCUCUGUUGAGUUCCUGUCUUUGUUUGAUAGUUUCAGCUUUUAAUUUUCAUCUUACUGUCAUGUUUUAAAGUCACAGACAUGAUUACACCUGGGAUGUAGAAGAGAGUUACUGUAGAUAAAAACUUGUUUGUACUAAAGCUAAUGCCUGUGACAGAGUUGGGAUUUUGCAUGACUGACUUGUGUCCAUCAUUAAGGGCACAAUGCCAGAUUUUGUUACAUUUCAGAUAUUUUUACGGUCUUUUUCCAAGAGAAAAAAAAAACCUUGUAUUUUAAGCUUUGCGUUUUAAGACUUGUGUCAACACAUGUGGUCACCAUAGGAGUUACAUUGCAGAUGAGCUCUUGAUACGUUGUCCGUUUCUGUGUUGUUUUUUUUCUUCCAUGGAAUGUGUAAAUCUUCACAUUAUGAAGUGGAAAUUGUGCACCCACGGUUACUGAGGGAGGUUUAUGCAAUGAGGCAGAUAUUCCAGUUCCAGCUAUUAAUACAGCGUAACUGGAGUAAAUGGGUUCUGUAGUCCAUGCAUUAAGAAUUUAUUUGGGAUGCUUUUAACGUGGUCUCGUUUGGCGCCCAUGGCACAGUUAGUGAUGUCGGAUAAUGACCACACAGCUGGUCUCCUGACUAAAACAUGUGACAAUUAACUGUUGCACAUUAAAACUAAUGUACUUCCUGCUUGUGCAGUGACCAUUUUGCCUAAUUUAUUUUAAGUGAACUCCAGAAGCUAUUGUCUUUAUGUGCCCCCUCAUCAAUAUCUCCCCUGGACUUGGCAGCCUCCUCAGGGUGGUUUCAAGGAGAGACAAAGUGCAGCUGUAGUUUGGACUCCCUGUUAGCGUGGAGUUGAGGAAAAUGGUCGGUCAGCCUUCAGAGAUUUCUCCCUGAGGCUAUAAUUUCUCUAGUUUGCUGUUAUCAGGGAUUUAGACCAUGUCGAUCUGUUCAGCAAAAUAAAUGUUCAAGAAUGUGGCUCCAC